CCAUAUUUGGUCAAAGCCACGCCCAGUGCGCGUCACAUUCUGACAGUGCGGAUCCCGUGGGCUUAGAGUUUUGGCUCCCGGGAAAGGUUCCAUUCCUAGGGGAUAGAGGGCUGAGUUUUGUAUGCUUCCAUCCAUUCUGCAAGACGCUAAAGGCCCCUCAUCAACCUCUCCUGUGUCCGGGAACACCUCCAUGGUAAUCAUUUUUUCGUUUAUUUGUCUUUUGGAGCCGGAGCGCCUUGCCAGAAGUGGUCGAUUCAGCAGUGUCCUGAAGCUUUUUUGAUGCUGUUGUAGGAUGACACUAGCCUGAGAGCAUCAACACAUCACAAAGUUACAAGAAAUGUUUUAGCGAAUUGAAAAGAAACACCAACAAUAUCCUGAUAUUUCAGCGACUUCUUCGGCGAAAGGAUCACGGUCCAACAAGCAUAGAGAGGCAUCAGUUUCCUACUCUGUAAAUUCUUCAUGUCGUGCCAACGCAGGACGGGUUGAAGACGGAAACAAGACUUGUGAACUGGGUUUUCUUGCUACAAAUCAAGAAGGAACUCUUCCUCGUGUCUUCGAGACUCUCGGAGAAAAGACGCACGAAGCGCGUUUCUAAUUUCACUUCUUUGGCUGGAGCUGGUUUGUACGAAAACUGUUUUAAUGUUUGGAAUUCAGGAAAAUAUACCAAGAGGAGGGACGACUAUGAAAGAGGAACCACUGGGCAGUGGGAUGAAUCCGGUCCGAUCGUGGAUGCACACAGCUGGGGUAGUGGAUGCUCAAACUGCCGCCCAAAGCGGUGUGGGUUUGGCUCGGGCACAUUAUGAAAAGCAACCGCCAUCCAACCUCAGAAAAUCCAAUUUUUUCCACUUCGUCCUGGCUUUGUAUGAUAGACAGGGACAGCCCGUGGAAAUCGAAAGGACCGCUUUUGUGGACUUUGUGGAGAAGGAGAAAGAGCCAAACAGUGAAAAAACUAACAAUGGGAUACAUUACAAACUGCAGUUAUUGUACAGCAACGGCGUCAGAACAGAACAGGACCUUUACAUACGAUUAAUUGAUUCCAUGACAAAACAGGCUAUUAUUUAUGAGGGCCAAGACAAAAACCCAGAAAUGUGCCGUGUCCUUCUUACACAUGAAAUCAUGUGCAGCCGGUGUUGUGACAAGAAAAGUUGUGGGAACAGGAAUGAGACCCCUUCAGACCCGGUCAUCAUUGACAGAUUCUUUUUGAAAUUCUUCCUCAAGUGCAAUCAGAACUGCUUGAAGAAUGCAGGAAACCCGCGAGACAUGCGCAGAUUCCAGGUUGUUGUAUCGACAACCGUUAAUGUGGACGGCCAUGUCCUGGCUGUCUCCGACAACAUGUUUGUACACAACAACUCCAAACACGGCAGAAGGGCUCGCCGUCUUGACCCUUCAGAAGGUACGGCUCCUCCUUAUCUGGAAAAUGCAGCUACCCCGUGCAUAAAAGCCAUCAGCCCGAGUGAGGGAUGGACCACGGGCGGAGCCACCGUCAUCAUCAUCGGUGACAACUUCUUUGACGGCUUGCAGGUGGUCUUCGGCACGAUGCUGGUGUGGAGCGAGCUGAUCACACCACACGCCAUCCGGGUGCAGACCCCACCCCGACACAUCCCCGGCGUGGUGGAGGUCACCCUCUCUUACAAGUCCAAGCAGUUCUGCAAAGGGGCGCCGGGCCGGUUUGUCUACACCGCUUUGAAUGAGCCCACUAUCGACUACGGAUUCCAGAGGCUGCAGAAGGUCAUUCCAAGACAUCCAGGUGAUCCGGAGAGGUUACCGAAGGAGGUGCUGCUGAAGAGGGCUGCUGACCUUGUGGAGGCACUGUACGGAAUGCCCCACAACAACCAGGAGAUCAUUCUGAAGAGGGCGGCCGACAUCGCAGAGGCCUUGUACAGCGUCCCCCGCAACCACAACCAGAUCCCCUCGCUCGCCAACACCGCGUCCCACGGAGGCAUGAUGGGAGUCAACUCCUUCGGCAGUCAACUGGCAGUCAACGUCUCGGAGACAUCUCAGGGUAAUGACCUGGUGGGCUAUAGCCGCAACACGAGCAGCGUAUCCCCCCGCGGCUACGUCCCCAGCAGCACCCCGCAGCAGUCCAACUACAACACAGUAAGCAACAGCAUGAACGGCUACGGCAAUGCGGGCAUGCCCAACCUGGGCGUUCCCAGCUCACCGGGAUUCCUCAACGGCUCCUCUGCCAACUCCCCCUACGGCAGUAAGUAUCAAGUAGUGCCGUCAAGCCCUACCAUGGCAGCCUCUUCGGUCAGCCUCUCUUCAAACUGUAGCAGUACACACGGCAUUUUCUCAUUCUCACCUGCCAAUGUCAUCUCUGCAGUGAAACAAAAGAGCGCCUUUGCCCCUGUUGUCAGACCCCAAGCCUCUCCACCUCCUUCUUGCACCAGUGCAAAUGGCAAUGGACUUCAAGCAAUGUCUGGACUGGUGGUCCCCCCCAUGUAAAUUGCACUUCCACUCCAUCCCAAGCACCAGUCUCCGCAGAUGGGCUUCAGGGGACAUGUUUAGUACAUUAAAGAAGAUUCUGGUCGAAUCUGUAUCAUCAAUCACGGAUAAAAUCUACAACUAAUUCUGUUAUUCAGAGGGGAAAAAGACUUUGUUUCAAAGAUUUUAUUCAAACAAGUACAAAUUGACAUGCAAGCAACUUUGUCAUGAACAAUUUAAUUUUGUUGACUGAAUUUCUUGUCAUAUUUUCACAUUUCUCAGUGUCGAAGAGGAAAAAAAUGAAAAAAAGCCUAUUUUGUAUAAAACAUUUCUGGUUUGAUCUUGGCUAUGUCUAGUUCUUGCUAUGUGUUGGGAGAAACUUUGUGGAUGCACCAUUUGAUGAAAAACACUGAUUAAAAUGCCUCAGAAUGUUUCUCUGUAAAGGAUGUGCAAACUGUGUGCAUCUCUAUAAUGUGAAUUCAUUUUCCCUUUUCUUUCUUUUUUGUUCUUUAUUGAUUUGUGGUAAGAAAAAAGGGGGCCAAUGCAGCAGAGCCAUUAAACUGGAAAUAAUAUAAAUAUAUGAUUUUCUUUUUUUUAAAAAGAACAUUAACAUGAAAUGAAGAAAAAGUAAAUGGGGGAGGGACAGGCAGAGGAGAUUUUAUCAUGCUUACUUCAUCUAAAAUGGACUUUGUAACUUAUUGUAGUUAGAAAUUGUAACUUUGAUAUUGCAAAAAUUCUUCUCUUGCCUUCAACAAGCACAUCAACAGAGACAAAAGGCUACUAUCUGUUGGUUUAAAAAAGAAAAAAGAAAAAAGAAAUACUUCCACUGCUAGAGCUUCCUGUUAAGCAAGUGUGAUCUGCAAUGUUUUUCAACUUUUUGCUAGCACUGUAUACUAUUGCAUUCUUAGGCUACUGUGAAGUCUAUGUUUCUUGUACCAGAAAGUUGUCCUUUUACUUCUAGCUCCUUACUCCCUAAUGUGUUUUGUAUGUGGUUAUACAAUUGUAGACUUUUGUGAUUUUGCCAAAGUUGUAGCUAAAUAUUUAUACACUUGUCUUGAAUUUUUCCAGAUCCACUUAAAUAUUUAGUACAGAGUUUUAUUCCUUCAAAAACAGUAAGGAGUAAAAUAGUCUUAUACAUUGCAACACUUUCACAUAAACACUUGCGGUCACUAAGGGGAUUUUUUGUAACAUAUCAAUUAUAAAUAUUGUAUUUAUCUUUGAAAUUUUGUAUAUUGCUUUCCAUUCUUUUAUUUGAUCUUGUAUGUAUUGUUUGUCAUGGCCUGAUAUUGUGAUGCAGCACAGAGCGUUAAGCCAAGAACCAUUGCCGACAUCUGCUUUUUUUGUAUCAAUAGAUUGCAAUGUCUACAUUUCAUUUGUAUUUCAAAAAUUUUGUUACUUCGUCAAAAAUUCCAUCCUUUUGUUUGUUCAUUUUAUGUUUCAAGGAACAGUCAAAUCCAUUGUUUAUUUUUAUAUUAAUUUUUAAGUUAUCUAAACAAAUACUUUUUGGAAUAAAACUGUUUGUUGUAUAGUCAAAUAAAUUGUUUGUGACACAUGGCUGUAAUAAUAUUAGUAGAAAAUGUGCAUGUCCAGCAGCCCCAGGGGGGAUGAUUCAAUUUGUGGUUGUAAAUUUUGUUUUGUAGAAUGUAAAAAGUCAUUUUUACCUGCCACCCACAACUUUGCCACAUAGCCAAACUGUGUUUACAGGGAACAAAAAAAUAUUUUAGCCUUGAACGGAUCCAUAAGUUAGCCACAAAUGUUUAUUAAAAUAUUGCAGAAAGUUUCUUGAUUGACAACGUAAUGGCGAGUGUCCUGAGAGGAAUGUUUCUGCUGUUUUAAUAACAAACUGAAACCACAAUGCCAAUCAUUACUCCAUUAAGAUGAUCAAUGGUGUAAAAAGCACAAACAUUUUUUACUAAAAUAAAAAAAUAUUAUUGUGACCCCUCAUCUUUUGGCUUUUUUGUCAUUUUCCUGAUUAAUUUGAUUUUUUUCCCUGUACUCCCCCAGAAGAGUAUGAAAAUGACGAAUGACUAAAGGAUACAUUUUUUAUAUCACAGAUCAAACGCCAGAAUUAAACUGUUCUAUAUUAUAUACAUGGUGUUUUAUAUCAGUUCCAUGAUAUAUAGUAGCUUCAUAGCCAAACACAACUCAGCAUUUUCUUGCCCCAUUAUAUUUUUCUUCUGGUUGUGCCAAAUCUACAGAUGAGACACACACAUUUUUUUCAUCCUUUUUUUUUUGCACGUAACACUUUGUAAAUCUCCUGUUGUAACGUUCAGUGACUGCAGCAUUUUUUGUUUUAAAAACUAAAAAGGGAAGUUUCCUGUUGGCAAUCUGCACAAGUUUUUCUUUUCUUUUACCACAAGGAAGCAAGGGCAGCUGUAGAAAGGAAUAAGUGAUGAAUGUGCAAUGUAUUUGCUUUGUGAUAGCUCAACAAAGCUUGGCUAAGUGGGGAAGCCUGAGAAGUCACCUUGAAAGUGAAAGAAACCCAAGGUUACAUGAAGUGCAUUUGUGAAUUUCAUCAUUUCUGCAAUCUGUGUUUUUUGUGUUUUACACUAAUUAGUCCACGCACUCACUGCUUUGUUUCCCUCGGUCAGAGGCGCUCACUCAAUGGUAGAACAUUUCUUUAAGGGAAACUGCAUUUUUAUUUCAUAUGUAUUUUUUGUUGUUUUUUUGUUCAUUUAUGUCCACAUUUUUACAUUUAACUGUAUAAAGAUGUUCAUUUUACACAAUAUUUAAUUAAAGUAUUUCUUGUCUGUGAA